AUGGCGUUUAAUUUCGCGCACCUGCUGUCCGCCGCCUGCGGCGGCGCUCCGCGCCGCUUGGGGCGCCUGCGGCGCCCCUGGGCGCGCUGCGCGCGCCUGUUUUGGGGGGGCUACCAGCACCGAAAAAGUGCCCUUUUUCGAAGCCAGCGCGGGAGGACAGAAGAGGCGGCGCGGCAUGCCAAGGAGCUGCUGGCGGAGGUCGAAGCGGAGAAGCGCGCCAAGGGCAAGAAGGGCAAGAAGAAGAAGAAGGGCGGCGGGAGCGGCGGGGCUAGGCCGUCGCAGGAGUCAGAGGCGCCGGCAGAGGCAGCGGCAGCCAAGCCCGCGCCGUUGGACAGGGAGGGGCUGCUCCGGCUUCUCGCGGAGCUCCACGAGGACAGGAUCCGGUUCGGCAUCACGCCGGAGACGUCGGUCGAGGGGUUGGCGGAGGCGCUGGGAGAGACCGAGGCGGCGGGCGAGGCGAGCCAGGAGGAGGGCGAGGAGGAGACGGCGGAGGCGGCCGAGGAGGCGGCCGAGGAGGAGGAGGGCGAGGAGGAGGGUAUGUUGGCAAAACAAGACACAGAUGUGUGUGCUAGAGAGGCGGCGCGGCACGCCGAGGAGCUGCUGGCGGAGGUCGAGGCGGAGAAGCGCGCCAAGGGCAAGAAGGGCAAGAAGAAGAAGAAGGGCGGCGGGAGCGGCGGGGCUGGGCCGUCGCAGGAGUCCGAGGCGCCGGCGGAGGCAGCGGCAGCCAAGCCCGCGCCGUUGGACAGGGAGGGGCUGCUCCAGCUUCUCGCGGAGCUCCACGAGGACAGGAUCCGGUUCGGCAUCACGCCGGAGACGUCGGUCGCGGGAUUGGCGGAGGCGCUGGGAGAGGCGGCGGGCGAGGCGGGCGAGGAGGAGGGUGACGAGGAGACGGCGGAGGCGGCCGAGGAGGAGGGCGAGGAGGAGGGCGAGGAGGCGGGCGAGGAGGAGGGCGAGGAGGCGGCAGCGGAGGCGCGCCGGCAGGCUGAGGCGGAGGCUGCGGCCGUGGCGGCCGCAGAGGAGGAGGAGGCUGCCGCAGAGGCGGAGGAGGCGGCCGAGGCGGCCGAGGCGGCAGUAGCGGCGGCAGAGGCGGCGCUCGCCGCAGCCAAGGCGAGGCGCGCGUCAGUUGCCGCUGCGAGGGCCAGGGCGCGGGAGGCGGCCUAG